UCAUAAAGUCCGUCUGUCAGCUUCCUUCGUUACGGGGUCUAAGGUACUUGACGGUCUCUCUGCCUCGAGGUGAAGAACAAAAAUGGCCGCUAUCGUCGGCAGGACUUCGAAGCAAGCUCUGUUGCGAGCAAAAUCGGGUCUUGUGACCCCUCAGGCUAAUUUCGUGUCCUUCAAGAAGCUCAGCACCGGCAAGAAGGUAGUUGUCGCUGCUGCUGGAGCUGCAGUUGCUGGAGGGGUUGGUCUGGCGGUCGCCCUCAACCAGGCCGUCAUAGCUGCUGACCUUGAACUCCAUCCGCCAAAGUAUCCAUGGAGUCAUCAUGGAAUGUUCAACGCAUUUGAUCAUGGAAGCAUCCGCCGUGGCUAUCAGGUAUACAAGCAGGUGUGUGCUGCAUGUCACAGUAUGGAAUACCUCUGCUACCGUAACCUGGUCGGCGUCAUCAUGACAGAAGACGAGGCCAAGGUAGAAGCUGAAGAGAUCCAAGUGACGGAUGGCCCAGAUGAGGAGGGCAACAUGUUCCAGAGGCCAGGCAAGUUGUCGGACAAAUUCCCGGAGCCGUAUGCCAAUUCCGAGGCUGCCCGUGCUGCCAACAAUGGUGCUCUUCCCCCUGACCUCAGCUACAUCGUCAAUGCCAGGCAUGGUGGAGAGGACUAUGUAUUUUCAUUGCUGACUGGCUACUGCGACCCACCAGAAGGAGUCAGUGUGAAGGAAGGACUCUACUACAACCCCUACUUUCCAGGAGGAGCUAUAGGCAUGGCCCAGGCUCUCUAUAAUGAAAUCAUUGAAUAUGAAGAUGGCACUGAGGCCACACAGAGUCAGUUAGCGAAGGAUAUAUGUGUGUUCCUGAAGUGGGCCGCAGAACCCGAACAUGACACUCGCAAGAAGAUGGGACUCAAGGCUAUCAUAAUCUUCUCAGGACUAAUUGCAGUAAGCUACUACCUGAAGCGACACAAGUGGUCUGUACUCAAGAGCAAAAAGAUAGCUUUCAAGAAAUGAGAACGUGGGGAUCAUAACCUGUCCACAAUUUGUAAAUUUUAUUGUGUUUCCUGUCAUUGGACUAGACAAAGGACUAAGUUGUUCAUGGAUGGCUGGCUGACUGACAACAUAUUGCUGGGCUUCUACUAUAUAUCAUCCAUGGCCAUACAGAAGGAACAGUUGUUGCAUGUUGUUUCAAUCAUGAUCUAUACAGCUGUUUUCAGUCGUGAUACAUACUUAAAAUAAAACUUAGACUGUGUUGA